GUGGUGAGAGUAGGAGAGCAAUUCUGUGCAACCUGAGGGAGGACAACAUUGUGCUGCAUUGCUUCAGGAAACGGACACACACAGAAAGACUGGUGUUAGAGAAUCACAAGAUGGUGGCUAGGGCUCAUCUUGUCUGGUCCUCUAAGGUGGAGGCCAAGCCAACGACAAAUACAGGUAUUUUAAGAAGUCGAUCGAAUACGAUGGCCACUGAGGACACGGCUGUUGAACCACCGAUGCGGCUUUGCAACAGGGCAUUGGAUGGCGUCAAGUUUUCGAGCACAAUUGGUGAUGAAUGUGUUAUGCCUCAGAAUAUGCAUUAUACCCCCCUUACCAGCUUUAUCCAUGAUUCACCCUGGUUUGCCAUUGGCAGUGAAACAUACGAGGGUAUGUUGCCAUCAACAGUGCUGCAAUCCAGUCCAUACUUAAGCCCGCUCUCACCUGGGACUGGGACUUGGCAGGCAGGGAGCCCAGGUCUUUCAUAUUUGUCUGAUAUUCCCUCAAGCUUGUCUUUUGAUGCUCCGUCACCAGAUCCGUGUUCGGGGAGUUUUUCCCCCAUUGUGAGCCAUCACGGGGAUUCCCAUGAGUUCUCGCAGCUCACUCCACAACCAAGGCUUGGUUCACAUCUGGCUGCAGGAUCCUUGCCGGGUCUGGAAGCAACAGCACCAGUGCCUCUGACACAGUCAAGCUACCAGGCAAUGAAGGUACCAGCUGUGAAUGUAUGUGAUGAGGACGUCAUGCAUGCCGCCAAUUCGUCUACUGCGGCAGCAGUCACUAACUCUAGUUCUGAGCAGGAGGGGCAGCAAUUAGCAGAAGCAGUUAUAGCAGAUUCAUAUAAUGUUGACGAUUCUGUGCCAAGGAGCCUGGAUGAGCAGAUGCAAUCCAGAAUCUCGAAGAGGGCUCCUCAGGCGGUAGGCCAGCUAAGUGCCUCAAGUGGCGAGGAGAUCGACUCAAGAGGAAGCUCGAAUGUGAUGGAUGUGAUGAACAGAUUUUGCAGGGACUCGGAGACAGAAAUAGCACAGAGCACGGACCUGGUUGAACCAGUAAGGAAGAAGGGGCAGACAGUUUAUGAUGGGAAAAAGAAGACAGGUACUGGCAGGAUGCAAUUAAAAAAAUCGGCGAAAGAGCAUGAAGGAACAGCUCAGGAAAUACCACAGGAAAAACAGGGUUUGCGGCUGACACGAAAGCGGAAGUCGAUGAUGAAGAGAAUUGCUUUGACUGGAUUAGAGGGUCACGGACAAAAGAAGCGUAGACUGUUGCCUACAUUCACAGAAACCAACAGAGAGAUUGAAAAUGCAUCCUCCUCGUCUUUCUCAGAAGUGGUGACAGGUAAAUCUGAUGAGGAGCUGACCUUGAACCAAGUGCAGGAGCUGUCAACACAUCAGCCCAUGCCACACUGCAGUGAUGAAGAGUUUCCAGUCCAUUGCAGAGACCACUGCCGACCAUCAGUUGUCAGAGCGGCAAUGGUAGAUGGCAGUGAUAAGGCUGGAGCACUGAGAGACAUUGCAAUUCAGGACCAGCUUAGUGCGAUGCGGCUACAAGAUUCCACCUCGUUUGCAACAGCAGCGGGCCAGGGAACCGGAACGGCAGCAGCUUCAGAGAGUUUGUCUCUCCAGGCAAGAGACCCUUCUGGUGGAUUAGGGGCGGGAGGGCGGCACCAUCUUAAUGAAUGUGGAGGUGGAGCUGUCGAAAGGGCUUCUGAUGCAGAUAGACUGGUUCCCAGGGAUGGCGACAGUGUUGACCAUGUUUCCCUAGGCAAUGUUGGACAGAUGGUCCAGCGAGAUAGGGAUUCCAGUCUGUCAGCGCCACCAACAGGACGAUGGGGCUGCUCAUAUGCCAUCAAUGAUUCACAGAGGCUCUAUCCUGGUGAGAAGGGGUUUAGGAAGCCUUCAGCUCUAGCUCAACCCCAGUUUCCUUUCAGCCUCAUGGCAGCUUCCUCAAGGUUUCUUGCAAAUUACUGGUCAUCAGACUGUUCCGCAGCAGAACACAUUCUGGAAGGGAGCAGCGCACAGGAUGAUGUUGAUGGUGAGCGACCAGGAUUGACAAGCAGCCAGCAACGAAGCGAGACAUUACCCCAGGAAACCUGUGCUGUCAAAACGGCUUGUGGUGGGAUUUUGCAUCCAAGAGAGGGGGCAGCAAUGAAUGAUCCCAGGGAAAGUGGGGCCGUUUCACCAUUGAGCCCUAGAAGCUGCUUAACCACACUGAGAAAUACUGUUGCAUGCGAUAUACCCGUCAUUGCCAAGAAUCCCCAGGUGCACCCUGCAGAUAUGCUUGUGCAGAAUAUUGGCGAAUGGCUUCAAAAAGCAAGCAUAUCAACGGAUGGAGGGCUUUCAAAACCUCCAGGAUUGCUUACAGAUGUUCUGCCACUUGCCAGGCUCUACACAUUUCAUAUCUACGCUACCUGCACAUUGCAUACCUACGUGGCAUUGUGCGAGUGCUCCGCAUCAUGCGAUUAGGGUGCUGGUGAGGUAUCCAUGCUCUAGGUCUGGAAGCAUGUAUAUCUCACCACACCCCUCACUGAUGACAAUUGCUUCAAUGGAUUUCCACAUGCCUGGAAUCAAUGCCCAGGCAAGCG